AAAAGAUGGCUAUGAUGGUUCCCCCCCAAAUGAAUCCCAAAUAUAAGACUUCACUCUGUAAGCAUUGGACAACAACAGGAAACUGUAGUAUUGGAUCUAGAUGUCAUUUUGCUCAUGGAGAAAGAGAAUUGCGUAAUCCUAAUGAUGUAUUAUAAUUGAAUGGAUUAAUUUUAGCCAUUACCCUAAUUACCAAGUCAAAAUUUACAAGAUCCUAAAUUACUUUAAGUUUAUUUUUCUGGUAGUUUGGGAAUUCAUAAUUAUAAAACCACAUUAUGCAAAUAUGCCAGCAAUAAUACAUGUAGAUAUUAAGAAAUGUGUCAUUAUGCACAUUCUCCUGAAGAAAUGAUACCAUUUGAUAAGGUUAGAAAUGUAACAACAUAAGUCUUAAUUUCAAACUAUGUCUCUCUUAUUAAGAGUCAUUAUUUGUUAAAUAGUCACUCUAUUCCAGGAUUGAAUAUUAAUUAAGAAUAAGUGGAGGUAUUUUUCAUCUCUUAAUUUUUAGUUAGCACUUCAAAUGGAAUUCUAAAAAUUGAUAGUAGCUCAAUAACUAAAAUUCGUUCUCAAUCAUCUAGAUAAGAUGGAUUAUACAUAAUCUGAAUUGAGAUUGAAAUUAAACACAGCUCAUGAAUUAUUAAAUGCAAACAACUUUCCAGGUUGCAGUUCAACAAUUAGUGAUAUCAUUAAUAGACCAAAUGUACCAUCAGAUGAAAAGAAACAUUAUUAAGAUAUUCUUUAUGAAAGUGCUUAGGAAGGAUUUAGAAUUGUUGAAGGAUAUUAAAGAUAAAUAUUUGAAUUCUAGUGUGAAUAAGCUUAACAAUUGUAGGAGACUUAUUAGAAAAGUGAAAAUCCAUAGACCUUAUUUGGUAAUGCACCCACUCUUCCUACAACAAGUCUUCCAGGGUAUAGGUUUUGAUAUAUAAAAUAUUUUAA